AUGAGGUUUCUAGCCCUCGCCAGCCUACUCUGCAUCUUGCUUCUCUGCUUGUCCGUCGUCUCCGCAGAAGGGAGAAAGCAUCUGAGUCAUCCUGCCAAGCCCGGGAAAGGCAAGCCCUGCUGUCCCCGAGUUCCUGGCCCUGACGUGAUGACCCGGAAAGGACACCAUGUGAGAAGCUGCAGACCAUGCAAGUUCAAGCCAAAGCCCCACUCUUGGGUGGUGCCUGGGGCACUCCCACAGGUGUAGUGCUCCCCAAAACAGGCUCCAUAUAGCCGAGACCCUCAUGCUCAGUGCCUUAGACACCCAGAAGACUUAGGUUCCCCCAGAAUACUCCCCUCAAAGUUGGGGCUGAUGACAAAGCCUCUGCCCAUGAACCUGAGCCUCUUCUCUUAAACACAACAUUUCUUGCCUGCCAUGUUGGACUGUGCUCAUGCUGCCUUUUAGAAAAGCCAGAACCAGAAUCUUCUGAAAACCACCACAUGGAUUCAAAGGUCAAAGUCCUGGAA